UAGUAAGGCGCUAUGCAAAUGAAGCCGUGGGAAGCGGAGGCGUAGCGCGGCGGCUGACGGGAGCUGUAGUCCAAUGCUCCCAGUACCAUUGGGACAGUGGACGAGGUUGGGACUACAAUACCCAGAGGGCGCUGGGGGGAAGGCGCCUGCGCACUGUGCCGACUCUGCCUCUCCAUUCAUGAGCGCCGAGCGAGAGCGAAAAAAAUUGCAUUUCACAGAAAGCGGGGCUGAUGGACGGCGCAGAGCUGGAGACUCCGCAGUGUAUCCAUGAUUCAGCCACUGUCUCCACUGUGAAUCUACAAAAGCAACGGUUGCAUCUGCUCUACUCCCCACGCUCAACAGUGCAGCGGCUGGGUUAUUAAGUUUACGUCUUUUAUUUUUGCAUUUGCUGUUGAUUUAAUGUACCAUUGAAGAAAAUACUACCCGCCCGACCGCUGCCAAAGGUUUCAUUCACAAAAUUACGCAGAAUCCGGCACUGUGCGCCCUCACGCCGAGCGGCACUGCAUCUACAAAGCAGCGCAGCCAGCCCCUUAUUGCACCUGGGUGUUAGCGGAGCUUGUUAUUAUUCUGGGGACGUUGAAAUGAGAAAACCAGCUGUAUGCAUAAAUAUUGUACACUGAAAAGGACUCAUUUCAAAGGGGUUGGAAUUCUGAGUGAGGACCAAGGAGGAUUUAAUCAAAUGGAUUCCCGGGUUUCCCUGGGGAAUGCGGGAAGUCCCGCGUCCGUGUUUCAGCCGCUGCUGGAGGGCCGCUUGCCAUACAGCAGAUUGCAACACACGACAAUCUUGCCCAUGGACCAAAUGAAGCCCAAUCACCUGGAGAACGAUUACGUGGAGAACCCGAUCAUCGCCCAGCCCAGCAGCAAGACCCCGAGCGGCCACAACAGGCUGCCUCACCAGGACAGCGCGGGGAGCAGUCACCGCGACCUGGGCUGCGACCACCACCAACUCUCCGGCCACAGCAGCGUGUCGUGGGACUCGCAGGGCGAUAGACCCGGCUCCAUCAGCAGCAGCAGCAGCACUUCCUCAGACCAGAGGCUGUUGGACCAUGCCGCCCCUCCCUCGGUGGCCGACCAGCGAGCCGCCGUGCAGUCGCAGCCCAUGUCGUCUUGCCCCAAGUCGGUCGAUCUGAAAGGCAGCUCGCAGCGCCUGGAGGCUGGCAAACACAUGUUGCUGUGCGAGGGCUGCGGGAAGUGCAAGUGCACCCAUUGCACCUCGCCCAGAACCCUUCCCUACUGGUGGGUUUGCAACCAGAGAUGUCAGUGCAGCCCGCAGGACAUGGUGAAUUACGUCACUUGCAUGUGUCUAGUCAGAGGGAUUUUCUACCACUGUACCAACGAGGACGAGGAUGGAUAUAGCGCCGACCACCCAUGCUCCUGCUCCCACUCUAACUGCUGGGCACGUUGGUGCUGUAUGGGGACCAUGUCUGUGUUCUUGCCUUGCUUACUCUGCUACCUGCCCGCCACUGGAUGCGUCAAACUGACACAAAAGUUUUAUGACACGGUGAGACGGCCGGGCUGCCGCUGCAAGAAUUCCAACAGUGUGUAUUGCAAGGUGCCCGAAGCAUCGAGUUGCAACGGGGACAAGCCUUCGUGAUACAUGGAGCAGGCGGUGUGCUAGACAGAAUCGUCCUUCACAUUCCCUACUUUACUGGUCCGGUCCUUUGCAAGAUCCCUCCCCCCCCAAAAGAAAACACAUGGUCUGUUCAAUACCGAGUGUGGGCAAAAGGUUUCCUGUUGCUUUUUGAAAUGGACAUAAUAUAUAAUUAAAUGAAGCUUUUCCGAAGCAGAUAAAUAUUGGGUUUUCAAAAGUUCUUUAGCCAUUCAUGUCUUUACUCCUGAUUCUUGGAGGAUGUUCCACUGAGAAACUAAAGG